AUGACAAAAGAUAUCAGUGAGAAUGGUAGUAGUGAUUCUGGAAAUCCAAUUCGUAGAGAUGCAAAUACAAUAACUAAUGAAGCACAAGAUUUAAUAAUUGAAGUAAAAUCUAAUCUUGUUAUACUUAUUUGUGGUAUAUUAUCAGUAUCAUUACUAUCUCUUUUAUUAUCAGCAUGGUUAGCAAAAACAAUAAGUAAUACACCAUCAUCAAUCGGUACUAUUUUAAGUCAUUAUUUUGGUUUUGAUCGUAAUGAAACCGAACCAAAUCUUACAUGGUGGACACCACUACAUAUUGAAUUAAAUGAAAAUACAUUUCGAGAAUCUCUAUUAAAUAAGAAUAACUCAACAAUAAUAUUAAAACCAAAAACAAAUUCUAAUUCUCACAGUGAUCAUUCAAAUUUUCAUAGAAUUGUUUUACCAUUAGUUUUUAUUGGAGCAAUUCUACUUGCUAUAAUGGCCUAUUAUGCACGUGUUAAAUGUACAGCUCGUGAUUUUACAUGGGGUGCUGUACCAAAAAUUCCACUUGGACGUGUUGAUCCAAAGUUAGCUUCAGUAACUGUUGACGCUAGGAUUAAAACAAAACAAGCAGAACCAGGUGUAGAUUAUACAAUUGUACAGGGAACAAAAAAACAACCAGUUGUAUUUGCAUUAGUUGAAACAUUACUACCAUUAAAGGAAGAAUGUGAACCGGGAGUUAUGAUUGAUGAAGGAACUCAAUAUGAACUUAAAGAUAUUCCAAAAAUUGUUACACGUGUUUCAUCAGCACCUGAUUUACAAACUAUUUCAUCUGCUGUAUCAAUAUCAAACGAGCAAGAACAUGUGAUUGAAUUAUUACAAAGAGAACCAUUACCUACUAUAUUAUCAUUAACAUAA